AUGUUUUCCAAGAGCGGGACCUUUCUUGUGGCCAUUCUGCUGGCUUACUCUGCUUCUGCUGCACCUCUAAGCGCUGCACAGCCCCAUGGUGUGCAACCAAUCAUCGACGCCAUCAAAGCCCAGCUGAACGCUCAGAACGUUUCUGACAGCGACGUCGUCGUCGACAAGACCGAGGCACACCACAAGGAUGGUGGCUUCCUGAGCGAUGAGACCAUCUCCGACCUCAACGAGGAGAUUAAGUUCAUGACUUCUGAAGGGGGUAUGAGCAGCGACGAAAUUGCCGAGGAACUCGUCGACGACCUCAGAUCUGUGGACGCUAUUCAGAAGCGUGACCAGUUGGGCAUCGCCAAGGAUACUCUGGUCAUCGAACCCGACAUCGUCAAGCGGGUAAUGGCUCGGAAGGUCGAAGCCCGCACUCCUUGCCCGCCUUUUGCCACACACGGCACCGGUUCUUGCUGUCCUAGCUAG